AUGGCCGGACGUGACAGCGACGAUGACAGCGACACAGAAUGGGCGCCGCCGAAGCAACCAGAGUGGUACAAGAGCAAGGCCAACACGACAAGCUCCAACAGCAUGUCACAAACGAAUGUAAGAGAAGGAUAUGGGAUCACGACCUUAGAGGUUGUUGAACUUGUAGAGGACCUUACAAGCUAUGUCAAGAAAAAGGACCUACUCGAGAAGAUCCAAUCAGAAAAGAGCCAAUCGCAGCUUCUGAAGAGCUUGCGUUCACCAACGUCAAAGGACUGGCUUGCGGUAGCCAAAUGUACACGGCUGCGAAAUGCGCAAAUACCCAAAGUCUUCCACGAGGCUGCAGCCGGAACUAUCUGGACGAUGAUGCUAGCCAAGGUGCGUCAGUACGGCGCCAAGGUCAAGACAGAGGACCCGAGCAACACGCCAACGCCGACACUGUCUGAGACGGCGCAGCGACGGUCUUCGUCCGUCGUGUCCAACAGGUCUACAGCGUCGAUAACCGACAAGUUCGGCGUUGCAUCACUCACUGAGCCGGCUAUCUUGAAUGACGCCAAUGUUGCCUUAGUAGACGCUGUGCAUCACUCUGUCGUCAAACAAUUCCCCAUGUUCAGGCUGAUGACGAAGGAAAGCCAGCAGAAAUUGGAGGAGAACUACUUUGAGGUUAGGGCCCAGCACCUCAAGUACGAUGCCCUCAUCCAGCAUUUGUCAUUGCCCAAGUACUCCGAUUGGUACCAAGCAGGCACCUCUCAGGUCAUGGAUGCGUUGACGAUGACGCUCAUUGAGGACGACGACGACUUGCUAGGCACCGUCAACUCUCAUAUCAAGUCGAGGAGGCUCGGAGCACCCUCACCACCCAAGAAGAGAGGCCGACAUUCCAAACUUAUACCAGACGGACCUCCCCUCAAGCGCCGUAAGACCGAGGCAGCGGACAGCAGACAUGCAAAAGCAAGCGGGGGAAGAACCAAGAAAGACAAAGAUUCAGAGGACUCCGACACUGGCAGCGACGUCCCGCGCCCACGCAGGAGGGACAGAGCAGCGGCCCGCGCUCGAUCAGCUGAAAGAAAGCGGUUAGGAAAGGAAGCGCAGCUUAAGAAGACCAGGGACGAAGAGGAGCUGGCUAAGGCCAAAAAAGAGAAAGAGGAGAAAGAAGCUCGGGAGCGCGAGACUCAGCCAGAUGGCCCGCUAGACAGCGACGACUACCGCUCAGACAGCAGCUCGGACAUUGACCCUGAGGAUGACUCGGAGGACGAGGAGGCAACGACAGCAAAGGACCUUGCCAGAGAACAAAAGGAAAGGCUCAAAGCCUUAUUGAACGUAUUCUUUGGCGUUUCGAUUGAUGACCUCCAGAACAAGCGCACAAUAAAGCUACCGGCAUGUUGGGGGGUUAGUUGCGACUUCACCCCAUACCAGCUCACAGACGCAUACAUCCUCUACUUCAAAGAGUUGUCAUCUGACAAUGGCGGGAUCUUUGCCAACGCCAUGGGCAUGGGCAAAACGCGAGCGAUGGUGCUCGCCGUCCUCAUGGGACACGUUCACUUCAAGAACUGGACGGAAGUGCAAAAUGCGCGAGCAGAAGGCGACGCGACAGAACACAACGCAGUUGACGAUGACGACAAGCCAUGUCCUACUGAAGGCGAGAGAACGUUCCACUGCGCGUGCGAAAGGAGCCCCUCCUUCAACGCCGAACCUCGACAAGCAGCCACAAUGAUGACUGGUUGGGGGCGAGCAGCUGAUGCCUGGAAGAACGAGGUAGUCGCGAUGGAUCUUGCAAACUCCACGUGGUGCGACCCAAGCGAUCCGCUGGCCCUACGGUUCUGCUUCUUUAGUGACUCUCCCCCGGAGAACAUGGGCAGACCAACGAAAGAGGAAGCAAUGGAGAUGCGAAUCGAUACCACUGACGCUAUCUCCAAAGCGCUCGCUGCCGCCAAUAAGUUAGUCGCCCCACGGAGCUACGUGCUAGGAGGCGUGGAUCAUCGAGAAACAGUCUACUGGACAAUACCGGAAGCGAACACGCCUGCUGUGCACCCUGAGGCUACGAAGCACCGUCCAGCACCGUCAGCAGCACGGUUUGUGAUAGUCUGCGGCUUCGGAAAGGUAGACAAGCAUGUGUUUAGGGCUUACAACACUAUGAGCGUCACGGCACAGCGAACGAUCAUACGCAAAGGCGGCCCUCAUGUGGAAAAGAGGGCGAUACUGCUUCCUGGUCAUGUCACUGUAUGGGGGCGGACUGUAUUCGAUGAAUUCCACAAUUGCAAGUCGGAGGGCACAAUCAUGGCCAAGUUUUACCAGGAUAUUCGAAGCCACAACCACGGAUACCAAUGGAAAGCAUGGGCCCUGUCCGGAACGCCUAUGGAACAAGGACUGAAUGAGAUCUUGAUCUUCGUGUCGCUAGCACUCAUUGGCCUUCAAAACAGGAAAGGGGUCUCUAACUGGUUCAACGCUACCGACAAGAGAGACUCCGUGACUGGCGAUCGCAUCUAUAAGAUGGAAGAUGCAGUCUACCGGUCGAUUGCGGAGACACCAUCUCACAGGACUCGCCAAAACACAGCCCUCAAUGGCCUAGCAAUGGCUAAACAAUGGCGCAAUAUGAUUGCCAAUGUAAAGCACGACGCAAGCGAACACGAGUCGUCUCAUGAGUAUAAAGAACUUAUAUCUCAAGGAGCAGCAGUAGCGCAGAGGUUUAUGUUGAAAAGAACAUUGAAGACGCGCGACCCGUGGGGCAAACCAAUAUCCGGCAUUAAGGGCGACUUCCUGCCUUACUUCCAAAGCUGCCCAUGUCCAGAUUUCCUCAGCACGGUACAAAACGCUGAGCAACAAUGCAGAGAUAUCCUGGAAAAAGAAGGCCUUGAUGAAUCAGAAGCUAGCAGACGUGUGAUCUUCAACCGCUUCGAGAUGCAGGCGAUAGCAUCCUACCCUGCGCUUGCUACUCUAAAGGCAGCACAGUUCAAAACAUACGGCAGCCGCAAAGUCAAACGCUUCACGUCAAACAGCGUGAAGGACCUCUUUACCAACCCAAGCAAGGACCAUUUCCUAGCAGUGACGUGGCUAGGCUUGAGAGAGAAGUUCGGUGACGAGAGCGUCUUGGUCAUGCAGGGAGGUAUGACACAGCACGAAAUCAACCUCAAGCUUGCUAAAUGGAGGGAUCCAGAUGGGCCUUGGAUCAUGGUGGCUUCAAUGGCAUUUGCAGAGGCAAUCACACUGACAGAAGCUACGCACGUCGUCAUCAUGGAGCCGCAAGACAGGCAGAACACACAGGAUCAAUUCAUGUUCCGAGUGUACCGACUCGGCCAGUUGGCAGAAAUGUGUGUCGGCAUUGUCUAUUUUAACCCAGACAGUGAACUGGAACUCAAAGUACUGGGCAAGCAGGACGUCAAAACAACUUCCCGAGAUAAACUACAAGGUGGAGGAUCGACGGUUACGGAUCAACGCAUGGACUGGCAUCAAACUGAACCGAUUGUCAUGAGUUUAGAAGCACUCUGCUAA